UCACCAAUUUUUUUCAUUUUUCUUUUUAUGUUAAUGUCGCGGUCUGAGUCGACGCGUGUGAGUCAACAUGAAAAGUGGUGGUGGCGCGUGUACCGAGCUGAAUGGUAAAAUAAGUUAAUGUCACGUGAUGGGCACGUGUAUAUGGGAACUCGGGCCCACACGCUGUCCCCCUUUGAAGCGUUUUGAGCUUGUGAGGCAGGCAUUUUAGAUCUGCCUAUGGGAAAAUAAUGGCUGGCCUCACUGACACGCGUUCGCUGCUUAGCUGUUUUCCUGGUUACUGGUUUAAGGCUUAUGGAUUGCUCGACACAUUUUCUCUUCUUUCCAGCUCUUUAUAUAGGGGAUUAGGAACAGCUAAUAGGACUUUGCUGGCGAUUAUGUUUUGACAUUGGAAGUGAACAACUAUUCAAACAUAAAUAAUUUAAAUGUGAUUAUCAAUUAAAUUGCUAUUAUUUAUCAGUUUAAAGUAAAUGAAUAACAAUAUCAAAUGCAGUAUAACAUUUUUGUCAAUCUAAUUUUAAUAGAUGCGCAAGUGACAAUUCCAUACAGUAAUAGGGGAACUUUUUUUCUCUUUUGGUGUUAUUAUUGAAGAUAGGAAAUAGGUAGACAUGGAAAAUUGGGCUAACAACCCUCGCUGAAAUCGACCCCUUCAAUACCAUGGGCCAAUCGGACCACCCAGUCUUUUCAUUUAUUUCCUGUUUAACAGCUAAUGAAGUUUUUAAUUUAAUGCAGUACAGAGUUUUGUGUACUCCAUCUCUUUAACAACUGUACCCCUGUGGUUCAUGCUUUGCAUUGACCAACUUGUGAUAGGUAUAAGCCAACGGUCGAAAAACAAAUUAAUUGCUACUCACAUUUGAGCUUUGCUGAUAAGGGAUGCUUAUAUUUUCCUUGAAGAUACGCUUGCAUUUUAGGCUGAAAUAUAACAACUUACGGAUAGCAAUUACAGUAAAUUUCCAAUUAAUGUUAAUUUUUUGGCUCCAUAAAAAUCAAAUAUGAACAGAAACCAAUUGCAUUACUGUUUGGUGGAAUAAAUUAAUUGUUGAAUAUAUUCCACAUGAUCGUCACAUGUAAUCUACAGAUAUGUAUAAUAAGAUCAUUAAUCAUUUUAAAUACAACAGCUAAUUCUAAAUUUCUUUCGACUAAACCAAACAGUCUCUUAGUUCUUAAAGAUAUUAUACCAAACACGAGAUUAAGAUUUAAGAAGAAUGUUUACCUGGUACUACGCGUCUGAAACUGUACAUAGUAUUGUUCGUGGUAUUGGUGGAGAUACUUGGUCUCAAAGCACAAAAAAUAAGCAGCCUCUAUUUCCUAUUGAGUAACUUCAAAGUACAUGAAAUCUAGAAAAAAAUAAUUAGUUAAAUGUGUUUGAUAAUAGAUCACUAUAUAUACUGCCCUAUAUCCAUGGAAAUAGUGCAUCAUUCAUAAUCACUUGCUUUUUUAAAGUUCUUUGUCUGAAACUACCAAAUGGCUGUUUUUGCAUCAAACCUUUCAUUUUUAUCAACAUUUUUCCUUCUCCUAGUGCUGAUUUCACCAGCAAAAUCCAGGCUUGAUGCUCAUUACUAUGAUCAAACAUGUCCACAAGCUGAGAAAAUUAUCUUAGACACAGUUCAAAAUGCUUCCAUGCAUGACCCUAAAGUUCCAGCUCGUAUCCUCAGAAUGUUUUUCCAUGAUUGUUUCAUAAGGGGAUGUGAUGCAUCAAUUCUACUGGAUUCAACUCCUGGAAAUCUAGCAGAGAAAGAUGGCCCUCCCAAUAUCUCAGUUAGAUCCUUCUAUGUGAUUGAUGAUGCCAAAGCCAAGCUUGAGAUGGCUUGUCCACACACCAUUUCCUGUGCAGAUAUCAUAGCUAUAGCAGCAAGAGAUGUAGUGGCCAUGUCUGGAGGACCUUAUUGGAAUGUGCUAAAGGGAAGGAAAGAUGGAAGGGUGUCAAAAGCUAACGAUACCAUUAACCUACCAGCUCCAACUUUCAAUGUGACACAACUCAUUCAAAGCUUUGCCAAGAGAGGUUUAGGAGUCAAAGACAUGGUUGCUUUAUCAGGAGGCCAUACGCUUGGCUUUUCACAUUGCUCCUCAUUUGAAGCUCGGCUUGGCAACUUUAGUUCAGUCCAUGCUAUUGAUACAAGCAUGAACAGGGAGUUUGCAGUGAAGCUCAGAAAGAAAUGCCCCAAAUCAAACAAGGAUCAUAAUGCAGGAGAGUUCCUAGACUCCACAGCUGCAACUUUUGAUAAUGAUUAUUACAAGCGACUCAAGGAAGGAAAAGGUGUGUUUGGAUCAGAUCAAGCCCUGUUUGGUGAUUACAGGACAAGGUGGAUAGUUGAAUCCUUUGCAAAGGAUCAGAGUUUGUUCUUUAGAGAAUUUGCAACUUCAAUGGUGAAACUUGGAAAUGUUGAGGUAAUUGAAAAUGAAGAAGUCCGACGUAAAUGUCGAGUGGUUAAUUCAUAUAGUGAAUGAGUGAGUGAGCCAGAAGGUGAAAUUUGUUCUUUCUUUAAGUUUUCCCCCUUCCUAUGAUUAGAGAUGACGUGAGGCUGAUCAUGUUACGAGUUUCCAUAUCACAACAAAUUGCUAUUAUUUCCAUUGUUUGCUAAAAAAAAAAAUUUUCAUGG